GUCAUAAGGCUGAGUCGCGCGUCUGCCUCUGUGUUUCUGCUGGAGAAAGAAAAACUCCUGCUGAAGAGACUGAGAUCCACUUAAAGAUGGCGUUUAUUAAAGACGAGAGUGAAGACGUGAAGAUUGAAGAAACAUUCAGAGUCAAACAUGAAGAUACUGAGGAACAAGUUAUAGAGGAAAGUGUUAUAGAGGAACUUGUUAUAGAGGAAAGUGUUAUAGAGGAAUUUGUUAUAGAGGAGAGUGAAGAUAUGAAUAUUGAAGAAACAUUCAGCCUGAAACAAGAAGAUACUGAGGAACAACAAGCAAAGAUUGCAUCUAUUAAAGAGGAGGGUGAAGACGUGAGGAUUGAAGAAACAUUCAUAGUCAAACAUGAAGAUACUGAAGAACAAACAGACCUGAUGCCACUGAAAGAGGAGAGUCAAGAACUGAAUGAAAUGGAAGAGAAAAAUCAGGAGGAGAAAUGCAGUGAUUUCAUGACGGGGGAAGAAUCUUCUAGCUCCUCACAGACUCAUGAAACACAAACUAGGAACCUUAAAGUUCAGAGGAGCACCCAAACCAAAGAGAGACCUUUCACCUGUGAACACUGUGGGAAGAGUUUUGCGCAAAAAGGAACUCUUAAACUUCACAUGAAAGUUCACACUGGAGAAAAACCUUUCACCUGCCCUCAGUGUGGGAAGAGUUUUGCUUUAAAAGGAGGUCUUAAAGGUCACUUGAGAGUUCACACUGGAGAGAAGCCAUACUCCUGCCAACAGUGUGGGAAAAGCUUUGCUCUAAAAGGGAAUCUUAACUUUCACAUGCGAGUUCACUUGAAAGAGAUCCAGUUCACCUGCCAACAGUGUGGAAAAGGUUUCAGUGAAAAAGAGAGCUUUGAAGUCCACUUAAGAAUCCACGCCGGAGUGAAACCGUACGUCUGCUCUCAGUGCGGAAAGAGUUUUAAAGAGAAGAAAAACCGCAACAUCCACAUGAGAACUCACUCCGGAGAGAAACCUCACACCUGCAAACUGUGCGGGAAGAGCUUCACACGAAAAGAAGGUUUGAAGUCUCACAUCACGGUUCACAGUGGAGAGAAACCGUACUCCUGCCCUCAGUGUGGAAAGAGCUUCACGAUUAAAAGAAACCUUAAGACUCACAUUAGAGUUCACACUGGAGAGAAACCUUACAAGUGUGAUCAGUGUGAAAACUGUUUCAAAUAUCACACAGACCUGAAACGGCACAUGCAAACUCAUUCUGAGCAGAAAAGACCUUUCACCUGUGAACACUGUGGGAAGAGUUUUGCGCUAAAAGGAGGUCUUAAAAGUCACUUGAUAAUUCACACUGGAGAGAAGCCUUACUCCUGCCAACAGUGUGGGAAGAGUUGUGCACUAAAAGGAAAUCUUAAAAUUCACAUGCGAGUUCACACUGGAGAGAGCCCUUUCAUCUGCCCACAGUGUGGAAAAACUUUCACUCAAAAACAGAGCCUCAAAGUCCACUUAAAAAUCCAUGCUGGAGAGAAGCCAUUCACUUGCCCUCAGUGUGGAAAGAGUUUUAUACAGAAAAAACACCUUAAUGCCCACUUGAAAGUUCACACUGGAGAGAAACCUCACACCUGCAAACAGUGUGGGAAGAGUUUCUCAAUUAAAGGAAGUCUUACAAUUCACAUGAGGAUUCACACCGGAGAGAAGCCGUACAUCUGCUCUCAGUGCGGAAAGAGUUUUAAACAGAAAAAAGACCUUAAUGUCCAUAUGAGAGCUCACACCGGAGAGAAACCUUACACCUGCAAACUGUGUGGGAAGAGCUUCACACGACAAGACAGUUUUAAGUCUCAUUUGACAGUUCACAAGGGGGAGAAACCUUUUGUUUGUACUCAGUGUGGAAAGAGUUUCAGGUAUAAAAGAAGCCUUACACAUCACAUGAAGAUUCACUCUGGAGAGAAAUGCUUCAGAUGUCAUGUGUGUAAAACAAGUUUCGCCGACAGAAAUGACCUCAAGAAUCAUGUAAAAACUCACACUGUAGAGAAGCCUCACACAUGCCAUCACUGUCAAAAGAGUUUCACAAAAAGAGCAAACCUUGAGAAUCACAUAAGAGUUCACACUGGAGAGAAACCUUUCACCUGCCCUCAGUGUGGAAAGAGCUUCACGAUUAAAGGAAAUCUUAAGAUUCACAUUAGAGUUCACACUGGAGAGAAACCUUACAAGUGUGAUCAGUGUGAAAACAGUUUCAGACAUCACACAGAACUGAAACGGCAUAUGAAAACUCAUUCUGGAAAGAAAAUGCUGAUUUCUGCAGUGCGACAAGAGGUUUAGAGAAAAAAAAACACUGGAGAAAGACGAUUCAGUCUAAUAAAAACACACACUUGCACGGUGCAUGUGACAAGUCAUGUAAAUGUCAAACCCUGUUUGUGUUCUUUGUUGAAGAAUAUGGCAAUAGAAAAUGUGUAUCUUUUAGAAAUCAGUGCUACUUUCACACCACGGCUAAAAGUGAGCUUCAUCUAUUUUAACUUUAGAACCUCUUCUUUUAUUUGUAUUAUAACAUUUUUAUAUCCUUUACCUUUAUUCUUCACCUGGCCAUCUUCUUUGCUAUAGAUUCAAAUAUUAAGCAGAUACCUUUUAAUUUAGACCAGAUCAUUUAGAUAAUUUUUCAUUGUUAGGAGCUAUAAAUACUAUAAAUAUGAAAGUGAGAGAAUUAAACUGCGCUAGUCUGGCUAUUUUUAAAGAGAUUAAAGUUUGUUUGUUAAUUACCUGCGUCUGCACCUCUCUCCACAAACAAUGAAGACUGCCA